UCCUGUAAAGCCCAUCUGUCUUUGCAAAAAAGAAAUCUUUUGCAACCUCUUUCAAUGGCUACAAUAGUUACAUCGCUUCACUUUUUGAUCAUUCUCUUCACAUCUGUCAAACUCUUGGCCUUGGCAGAAGAAGCAGCCCAGUUCAUCCACAAUGGCUUCCAAGGAGCGAGUCUGCAUCUUGGUGGAAUCGCGAAGAUCCACCCAAACGGUCUAUUGCAGCUGACCAACACUUCAAAGCAACAAAUUGGCCGCGCUUUCUUCCCAGUUCCUCUGAAGUUCAACACAUCUUCUGGUGAUUCCAAGUCUCUCUCAUUUUCUACCAUUUUUGCAUUUGCAAUAGUUCCUGAAUGGCAGGCUAUUGGUGGCCAUGGUAUUGUCUUCACCAUUGCGCCAUCCAUGGACUUCCCUGGAGCUGUGGCAAGCCAAUAUUUGGGACUCUUCAAUGUUACAAACAACGGUAAUUCUUCCAAUCAUGUGUUUGCAGUUGAGCUAGAUACAAUUUUAAGCCCAGACUUGAAAGACACAGAUGGAAAUCAUGUGGGAGUUGAUGUGAAUAGCCUUGACUCUGAAGUAUCAGCUCCAGUGACCUAUUUUUCCAACAAAGAAGGGAAGAAUAAGAGCUUAGAGCUCAUAAGCGGGAAAGCUAUGCAGGUUUGGAUAGAUUAUGAUGAUGUGCAGAAGCUAAUCAAUGUGACAGUAGCUCCCCUCAAAAGCCCAAAACCAAGCAUGCCUCUAUUGUCAACACCCAUUAAUCUUUCUUCUAUUUUCUUGGAGUCUAUGUACGUUGGUUUCUCUUCAGCCACUGGUGCAAUGGCAAGUGAUCACUAUAUUCUUGGGUGGAGCUUCAACAGAAGUGGGAAAGCACAAAGCCUUGAAAUUUCAGAGCUUCCUUCCCUACCCCCAAGGAAGAAAGGAAGGAAGGCACUAGUUGUAAUUGUUUCGCUGUCACUGACAACAUUAGUAAUUGUUCUGGUUGUGCUCAUGGGAGCCGGUUACAUUAUAAGAAAAUUGAAAUUUGAAGAACUACGGGAAGAGUGGGAAGGGGAAUAUGGUCCUCAAAGAUUCUCCUAUAAGGAUCUCUACAAAGCAACCAAAGGUUUCAAAGACAAAGAGCUUCUUGGAGCAGGGGGUUUUGGGAAGGUUUAUAGAGGAAGACUUCCUUCUUCAAACUUAGAAAUUGCAGUCAAGAAAGUGUCUCAUGAUUCAAAGCAAGGGAUGAGGGAAUUUGUGGCUGAAAUUGCAAGCAUGGGAAGGCUUAGGCAUAGGAACUUAGUCCAGCUCCUUGGAUAUUGUCGGCGAAGAGGGGAACUGCUCUUGGUCUAUGAUCAUAUGCCUAAUGGCAGCCUUGACAAGUUCCUAUUUAGCGAUGAAAAUCCGAUCCUUACUUGGCCUCAACGGUACCAUAUCCUCAGAGGAGUAGCAUCUAGUCUUUUAUAUCUGCAUGAAGAGUGGGAACAAGUUGUUCUCCAUAGAGAUGUGAAGGCUAGCAAUGUUCUCCUAGACGCCAAUCUGAAUGGCCGGCUAGGAGACUUUGGGCUUGCUAAAUUAUAUGAUCAUGAUACCCACCCUCAAACUACUCAUGUAGUUGGGACCGUGGGAUAUCUGGCACCAGAGCUUACUAGAACAGGGAAGGCAACUAGUAGCACUGAUGUGUUUGCUUUUGGGGCUUUCAUGCUUGAAACGGCUUGUGGCAGGAGGCCUGUGGAGCUACAAGGAUAUCCUGAAGGGGGGGUUCUGGUUGAUUGGGUUCUUGAAUGCUGGAAAAGAGGAGCUAUUCUUCUGACUAGUGAUCCUAGAUUGGAAGGUAAUUACGUUGCAGAGGAAAUGGAAUUGGUUUUGAAACUAGGCCUGCUUUGUUCAAGCCCUAUACCUGCAGUUCGGCCUAGCAUGAGGCAAGUGAUGCAGUACUUGAAUGGAGAUGCUCCUUUGCCAGAGAUACCACGUAACUUUUCCAGUAUGGGAACAUUUGGAGCAAAUGGUGAAGAAUCAGCUGAGGUUAUCACGUCAUUCCCUUCAUCAUCUGGGACGACUACUGUCCGUUCAUUCUCUAGCUCUGAUUCAAUCCUCAACCAAGGUCGAUGAAUAAUGAAGCAGCAGUAUUUCAUGCUGCGCACAGACCCGAUCACGAGUCAGACCAAUCAGGCACAUGGCAGGGUUAUGCUUGGAGAUGGGAAUGAAAAAUAGAAGUUAUUUAUUGUAUAAAAUACGAUACAUCAGUUUCUGAAACUGAUAAAACGAUACUCUAAUGAUAUAUUUUGUAUUCUAAUUAGACUCCCAUGUAAAGGUUACAAUUAGUGCAUA